AAGAUUUGCUAACUGGACCCUCAAAUCCAUGUAGUUAGAUGUCAGAAUGGUCACAGUUUCUAGAUAUUCUUGGACACGGGUUGUACUUAAUGGUUAAGCUAAUAGUUUUAUUAUAGAAGUAAGUGUUUUGGUGAGAGAUUUAUGACGUAAAACAGGCUAAGAUCUCUUGAUGCUGCACACUCAGGGAAGCUGUUUAUAUUUCUAAUUUUCCACUGUAACUCAAAUGUAUCAAUCACAUCUCUUCCUCUGUGCUCCUGGCACUUCCUUGCUCCAUUAGACAUGUGCCUUUUAGACUUGUGGAAGUGGGACAGAGGAAGAGAAACAUCACUAACACCUAUACACUUAUUUAAGCAUGUUGCUUACAUAAACCUUUUUUUUUUUUCCCUCAGAAAAAUUAGAAAUCAUCUGUUGAAAAGAAAUUACCAUUAGUUUGGUUUUGCUUUUUCACCAGUAAUGGAGUAAACCUUGAAAUGGUUUGCUUUCUUUCCACAACUGUUACCCAUUUUCAUGGAGUAAACCGUAGUUAGCAAGAAAAAGGUUUGUACACAGAAAGACUAAAGUAUGCUUCAAUACAUGUGUCAAAUUUAUCUUCAGGUUACAAGACACUCUUUUCAGUAACUUAGCUCUCCAGUCAGAGCUGUUUAUUACUGAAUGCUAGAAAGACCUGUCAGGGCUAUUUAUCCGUGUCAUUUUUGUUGUGUAAUCCAAAGCUGUAAUGUUAAAAGAUGCAGAUAUGCCAAUAGCUGUUCUCAGUUAACGCAGAUACAGAUCUGAAAUUCAUAUAUUCAUGUACUUGAGUGUGUAUUAGGUUUAUUUCAUACCUGGAUCAGGUUUGAACAGCCAUUUCUCAAAAUGUUGAUAAAAGUAGAUAAGAAAAUAGUGUGAACUAUUAGAUCAAGUGAAAAUGUAGAAAGCAGUUACUCUGGGAUGUUCAAAACCAGACAAGGUGGUGUGAAUAUACUUAGAACAAAAGCGUUUUGGUUCUUUCUUGUAUUAUAGAAAUUCCUUUGAAAACAAGUAGUAGAAGAAGCACAAAAGCCAUUCUCUCAUCCACCCCCAUGAAGGAAAUGCAGGAUUUCCAGAAAGGAGACAUGAAUGGUGAGGCACCUCAGCAGUCCUUGCUGUGGAUGGCCAAAAUAAAUGGAAAUGGCCAUUAAAUGAGCUGAGAACCUGUAUGUAAUUUGGAAAAAGUUACCAAGACACAUGACAGACUGCACUUAAUGAAGAUCUAGGGUAUUGGGCUUUCGUUGUGUGUGGGUUUUUUGGUGGUGUGUUUUUUUGUGGUUUUGGGGUUUUUUUUGUAUCCUGUUUUUUUAAUGGAGAAAAUUAUCUAUUCAUGAAUCUAAGGAAGUAUUUAACACUACUAGCAGAAGAAAGCUUACUUAUUGCUGAAGGCACAUACAGCUGUGGCAAAAAAUGCAUGCUGCAAAAUAGUGUGAGCAAAAUAUUCUAUCAGUCACUGGAUUUCACCUGAAAUAAAGUGUGUUGUGCAAUUCAAUGUCUGAAAAGGAAUUUCCCUAAAGUAGAAGGGUUUGAAUAAGGGCAGUAAAAUGAGUAGGACAGAGUUUCUCCUAUGAUGGCACUGGGAAGACAAGUAUUAAGUCUUUAUAAAACUGAAUAGUGUAACAAAUAGUAAAGUAGAGGACUCUUGUUCUGUCUUGUAGUACAAGAAGAGAGGGACAUGUAAAUGAAGGUGAAUUGGAGUUACAUUUGGACUGAACCAUUAUACUGCAUGCUCAGAAUUUGAGCUGAUCAGAGGUAAGGAUGGAACGUGAAGGGGCAGAUUGUCCUCACAUUUAUAUCUCAGCAGCCUUUCUGUCUUCUGCAGAAAUGCCUGAUGUUGGCUGGUGUCAAAGGGCGUUAAAAGGGAUGGAUUCCUGGUCUGAUCCCAUCUGAGUUGAUGUGCCAGCAUCUAAACUAUUGAGAGAAUAGCAAAUGGCUUCCAAUCAUGAAACAAGCAUUUGAAUAUGAUAAACCUUUUCCAGGGGAAUUAUCUUUCCCUGAGCAAAUUACAUUUUAAAACAGUAAGGGAUGUUACCAGUGUGUUGAUUUCCUAGUAGCUGUCCAGUGCUGAAGGUUUGCUAUAUGGGGAACUGAAAGAUCUGAUCCUGUUAAUUGCUGACCAGAUAUUCUACAAUAAUUUCAUCAGUUAAGGGAGCUGAGAUACUAAUUUACUGAAGUGACAUUAUGUCAGAUAUUAAUGUUGAAAUGUUAAGCAGAUUAUCCUGUAGUCAGUAAUGUUUUUCAGUGCGUGAAAAUCUAAGCCCUUUUUCUCUUGGUGUAGAGUCUGACUGUGACAUCCAAAGUGCUUCCAAACGACAUUCAGUAUUUGUAGCUUGUAGAUGAAAGGGAAAGAAGCAAGCACUUCUGAAAUUUGUUUGUGCAUCACUUUCUUCUGUGUAAAGGAGAGAUUUGGAUGAACAAGAGAACUAUCUCUACGUUUUGCUCUUAGAUAAUAACCAUUCAGACUUCAAAAGGGCUUUUCUUUGCCUAAAUCAUGGAGUAGCAGGAGCUGAACAUUACCUGGAACUCUAACAGAAACAAUUCUCCUCAAAGCCUGAAAGUACAUAUAGAUGUUUGCAUACCUAUGAACAGCUAUGUAUAAUUGUAUGUACUUGUGUAUAUAUGUACAUAUGCCUGCAAAAAUCCAGCUAGACUGCUGCCUCAGUUUACUGUGUAAAGCUAACGGUGUCUCAGGUGCAGCAGAAAUACCAUCUUUGUCAUCUUUUCAUUAAAAGAUGACAUUUUCAUUAUGUGCUAGAAAACCAGCAUGCAUAUCUGUGUUGUACGGGACAUCCUGUCUUACCACCCUGAUCGCUGUCUUAUGGUUGUGUCUUGCCAGAGCUGAACGCAAAAUGGGGAUAGUACCAGUGGUAGAUGUAAGUGUUCUCUUUCCAGUGCUAUGAAAACACAAGUAUUUAGAGAGGACAUGAUGUGGGAAAAUUGCUGCUGCAUAAGUGGUGUCUGUAUUAACGUGCAUUGCUGUAGGUAUGUAGCAGCUGUGGUGUUGAUAGGGUUGAGGAUUUUAUACUUAGUACUAUUAGUUUACAUCUAUAUUAUGGAACGUAGUGGAAGUGAAUUCUCCCCUGGUUCCACCUUUUUUCUUGGAGGGUAUGUAUGCUGUAGUAGGGAUGUACUAAGGUCACCACAGGGACUAUUUCUGUACUUACUCAUUUCUAACUCUAACCCAUAGCCUGUUUCUGAUGUCCACUUACAAAUUAUCCUGUAAUAAAAACUGCAAAAAAAGCAAAACCCAACCCUUUGAGAUUUUAAAACAGAUUUUCCCACUUGUGGUCUACCCAAAUUGCUCAACACAAACAUCUGUGACAAGGAGUGUGAAGCUGAACUGGGGCUUGUCCUUGCUAUGUCUGCUCAGAGGGAGAAAUACUCUUUAAUGUGAAAUGAAAAUUAUUAAACCUGAGAACAUGUUUGUGAGAGGCAAAUUUACUGAUUCCUCCUCGCGAGGGCCUCUGUUCCGGCUCAAAGAGCAGGGUGGGCUGUCUGGAGGCGCGGGCAGCGCUCGGCGAUGCCGCAGGUGCCGUUUCCCGGGGAGGGGGCCCGGCCCGGCGGCAGUUGGAGCCUCGGGGCGGUUCCGCCCGGGCCGGGCCCUCCCAGGUUCUCUCCCCGCUCGGGCGGGGGCGGCCGGUGCCGGCGGCCGCCAUGGGGCCGCUGCCGGGGCUCCUGCUGCUGCUGCUGGGUGUGGCGGGGUGCCCCGGGGCCCGGGGGGCCCGGCCCGCGGAGCCGCGCGCCGCGUGGGUGACGGUGCCGCGGCAGCUGAGCCCCCGGGGCGACGAGGACACCCCGGCCCUUUCCUACUGGCUCAACGUGGCCGGGCGGCCGCGGGUGCUGCGCCUGCAGCCCAGGAGGGGCCUGGUCUCCCGCCCCUUCACCCUCGUCACCUACGGCCGGGAUGGGGCCCGCCGGGAGGAGCACCCCUUCGUGCGGGACAACUGCUUCUACCAGGGCGACGUGGUGGGGAGCCCCGGCUCCCUUGUGGGCCUCAGCACCUGCGGCAGGGGCCUGCACGGCAUGCUCUGGGUGGAGGAUGAUACCUACGAGAUCGAGCCCGUCCCCAAUGAUCCGGCCUUCCGGCACAUUCUGUACCGCAUGGAGGAGGACCACAGCCCCGAGGGAACCAGCUGCGGGCUGACGCCGGACGUGCUGCAGCAACAAAAGGCUGUGCUGCCGUGGUUCAAGGCUCCCAAGGCAGCGGAGGAGAACGAAAAGCUGAAGGACUGGUGGACACACAUCAGGUAUGUGAAGAUGGUAGUGGUCGUGGACCACGUGCGGUUUGUGAAGUCAGGCAGGAGCAAAUCCCAAGUCUUGAAGGAGGUCAUGCAAGUCAUCAAUCUCGGGGACAUUUUGUACAAACAGCUUUCUGUCCGGCUCUUUCUUAUAGGACUGGAGAUCUGGACUGAAAAAAACUUUAUAAACAUUACUAACUCUAUUCCCAAGGUACUUAGUGACUUUAACGCCUGGAGAAAGUCAAACCUGUUGCCUCGCAUGUACCACGAUAUUGCUCACUUAUUUGCAUUCCAGUGGUUUGGAAGCAGCCUGGGAUUGGCAUAUAUAGGGGCAGUGUGUGAUAGCCACUGGGCAGCGUCUGUUGUUUCCUUCACUACGCUGAAGCUGUCUUCACUUAUUAUCACAUUUGUCCAUGAGCUGGGCCAUAAUCUUGGGAUGGUCCAUGAUAAACCAGAAUGUAAUUGUAAACGCAAGACGUGCAUUAUGUAUGAAAACAAUGCUGAAACGGAUUCGUUCAGUGACUGCAGUUACAAACAGUACUUUGAGCUGGUUGUAAAUGGUGCUCCGUGCCUUCGUCAACCGCCAGCACCUGGCACUUUCUACACCGGGAGAAGUGAAUACUGUGGGAAUAAGAUAGUAGAAAGUGGAGAGCAAUGUGACUGUGGUUCAGCAGCAAGCUGCCGAAGGGAUCCUUGUUGCCGCGCAAACUGUACAUUUACUGCAGGUUCAAACUGUGCAUCUGGAAAAUGCUGCAAGAACUGUAAGGUCCUUCCAGCAGGAACACUCUGCAGAGCAAGUAGUGGCAGCUGUGACCUGCCAGAGUAUUGCAAUGGGAUUUCCCCUCAGUGCCCAGUGGAUGUAUACCUACAAGAUGGAGCUCCUUGCAAUGAUGGUGUUUAUUGCUAUCAAGGAAAAUGUUCUUCCCACAGAGAAAAGUGCCAGCAUCUCUUUGGCAAACAAGCCAAGGUUGCCCCUUUAGAUUGCUUCAAAGCAGUGAAUACUCAAGGUGACCGGUUUGGGAAUUGUGGUAUUCGUGACAAUAUCUAUUUUGAAAAAUGCAGCAUGAGGAAUGUCUUAUGUGGUAGGAUUCAGUGUGAAAACAUAGUCAAAAUACCUUUCUUGCAGAACCAUGUAACAGUAGUCCAAACUCCUGUUCGAGAUAUAAAUUGUUGGGGUCUCGACUAUCACGUAGGUUUGCCAAGAGCAGAUGAGGGAGCUGUGGAAGAUGGCACACCAUGUGGCAGUGAUAUGCUUUGUAUCAACAGGACGUGUAUGAGUGUAUUGGUGCUGAACUACGACUGUAACAUGACAAAGUGUCAUGACAGAGGAGUGUGUAACAAUCGCAAGAACUGUCACUGUGAGUAUGGCUGGGCUCCUCCGUAUUGUGAAUUGGAAGGAUAUGGAGGUAGCAUUGACAGUGGACCCCCUCCAGCCAAGAAGACCGAGAGAGCAAUAGUAAGACUAGUACUAUUUGGUUUUUUUUCUAUGUGUAUUGUUGGAGUGGCCCUUUCCAUCCGUUAUAGACAGAAAGUAGAGGGAUGGCUUGCGAAGAUAAAAGCCCAAUUUCGUAGAAUAUUGCAGUUUUUUCAAAGACAGAAAAAAAGACAAGUUCCUAAAGGAUAGUCGCCUGCUGGUGAGUGAAAAUCCACCAAAGAUAAAAAGGCAAUAUCUUUGGAUUCUCUUGAGGAAAUGCUCCCCUUUAGCAGAGCCAUCUGAUAACUCAUCAAAAUAAUUCAAGAGGUUCUGAACAGCUCUAAUCUCAAUGUGAUAUCAUUAAAUGCAGAGUAAAUCUUAUCUCUGUAUAUUUUCUUUUAAGUUAAUAAAUGCAGGCAGUAAGGCAUGAUGUUCUUUGUACCCUGAGCUCUUAAAUUGAUGUAAUUGAGUAAACUGCAGGUAUUGUGUUUAUGCUUCAUAUCAACAGUAUAAAAAUGCAAACAUCUUAAAAUAGGUGUAGAUAGAUGUUUGAUGUGGUAGGAUUCAGUGUGAAAACAUAGUCAAAAUACCUUUCUUGCAGAACCAUGUAACUCUAGUCCCAAACUCCUGUUUGAGAUAAAAAUUGUUGGGGUCUCGACUAUCACAUAGGGAUGCCAAGAGCAGAUGUCAAACUACUUGCUACUCGCUUCAAUUUCCUCCUUCACCUAAUAUUUUCCUCAAUUCAGUGAGAGAGAUGUUUGUGAACAUCUUUUGUCACUGGUUAACAAUCAAAGAGAAAAAAUUGCACUUGCAGUCUCCACCGGCUCCUUCCAGGCAAACCGUUUUGUGUCUCUGUGAUUUAAUUUACAUCUGUGACACACAGACAGGUAAGGAACAGGUAUUGCAGUGAGAUACAGGUGUCUGUUUCACAAAUGCUUCCAGCUGUUUACAGGGAGUAACCUUCAGGAGGGAGGUAGACCACAGGGACCAGGGUCUUCCUUUCGUGGAAGAGUAGAGAAGGAUUAUCCAGAUCACAACCAGAAAGCAUUGCAUUUCUGAACCAUAAAAUAUGUCUCAACAGUGUAGUGACUCCAAAUCUGGCAUUGCACAAGAACAAACUGGUUUUAUUUCCUGGAAAUUUUCCAGUGUCUUGACUGCUGACUGCUUCUGAGAAGUGCUGUGUAUUUUAUUGUCUCUGAGUGGAGCUGUCUAUGGGACUCCCCAAGUUAACUGAAUUUCUAAAGUAUUUGGAAUUAUUCUGCAAUUCUCCCCUACCUAGAAUAUCUGCAAUAUAUGAUACCGACUUUAUCUGACUAUCUUAGGGGGUUUCUUUUGGCUUAUUCUCUGAUUCUUUCUUCAGCUAUAACAGAAUGUGUUCUUAGCUCUAUGGAGUGCUACACAGAACAUUGUAAUUUUAAUUUUUUAAACAUAACAUAAAAUAUGCCUAAUUUCUGAAAAAUAUUAGGGACAUGGAAAUACCAUUCAGUACGUUUUAUUGUUAUUAUUUGUAUUACAGCAGUAAUUACACCGUUCUAUCAGAUCAGCAUGAAGAGGGGUCUGUAGUC